AUGGCUUUUUUUCUGAUUAGUGGUUUGAUGACUUGGACAUUAUUGACUGUAGUCAUAAGUAUUUUUGCUUAUUAUGUCUACAAUUUGCGUACAAAUAAUAUAUUUCGCCGUCUUGGAAUUCCUGGUCCAGCACCUAUUCCAUUCCUUGGCCAGCUGUUUAAUAUUGCACGUAAGGGCAUGAAAACGAAUGAUAUCGAACUGGUUCAAAAAUACGGAAAAAUUAUUGGAGUAUUUGAAGGAACAUUUCCAAUUAUUCUUCUCUCUGAUCCAGAUCUACUUCGAAAUGUACUUAUCAAAGAUUCUAAUGUGUUUGUCAAUCGACGAGUUAUCAAAAAUAUAUCCGGUCCUUUUGAAUAUGGACUCACACUAUUACAAGAUGAACAAUGGAAAAAUGCUCGAUCUAUCGUUUCACCAACAUUCUCUACAGCGAAACUCAGAGCAAUGUAUGGUCUUAUGAAUGAAGUGAGCGAUAUGUACAACAAUCGCCUUCUAGAAUAUGCGGAUAAACACGAAAUAUUUAAUAUUAAUGCACUUAAUGGUCAAUAUACACUUGAUAAUAUUGCUUCUUGUCUAUUUGGUAUUGAAACAAAUUCAUUAAAAAAUGAAAAUGC